GUGUGUGAGAGAGAGAGAGAGAACGAGUGACCUGGUGACUGUCAUCUGUGUAAUCCCAAAUCCUGCUGUGCCACUCUGAAAUCCUCUCGUGGUCCGCCAUCGUUGGGAAUACUCAACAAAAUUAUCAGUGUUCCAGGUUUAUCCCAAACAUACUCUCAUGCUUUUGUGUGUGAGAGAAUGAGCUCAUGCUUUCGCUGGCACACCUGUGACUAUGAUGAUGAGGAUGAUGAUGAUGAGGAUGUCAGUGCGGCGCUCAGGUGUGUGAAGGCAGCAGAAGUACUGUGUGAUGGACAGGUGGCCUGACCAAUCAGCCGUGAUGUCUGCUCGAGUGAGGCCUCUGGUCCCGCCCACAUUUCUUCUGGAGGGGGUGGAGCAGGUUGCAAUGGCCGCAGAGGACAUUAUAGAAGAGAAGCACCCAGAAGCUGGACCUUACUUCAACACCAACAACAGCAAUAACAAUGAAGAAGAGGAAAAGAAGAAGAAAAAGAAAGGAAAAAAGGAGAAGAAAGAGAAAAAAGAGAACAAGGAAAAAAAGGAGAAGGAAAAGAAAAAAGAAGCAGAAGAGAAAGAAAAAGAGAAAGAGAAAGAGAAAGAGAAAGAGAAAGAGAAAGAGAAAGAGAAGAAAGAACCACCAAAGGAGAUUGAGGUUGUGGAUCCGGCGGGAAACAUGUACUACAACUGGCUUUUCAUGAUCACGUGUCCAGUGAUGUACAACUGGGUUCUCAUCAUAGCGAGAGCUUGCUUUGAGGAGCUGCAGUCGGACUUUCUGAUGAACUGGUUCAUCCUGGAUUUCUUAUCAGAUCUGGUGUAUCUGCUGGACAUGGUGUUCAGGACCAGGACAGGAUAUCUGGAGCAGGGGCUGUUGGUGAAGGAUGAGAAGAAACUUCGCGAUCGCUACACGCAGAGCAUCCAGUUCAAGCUGGACCUGGCCUCUAUGGUUCCGACCGACAUCUUCUACUUCUACUUCGGUCUGAACUACCCCGAGAUUCGCAUGAACAAGCUACUGAGGGUCAACCGCUUGUUCGAGUUUUUCCAGCGCACCGAAACACGGACUAACUUUCCCAACCUGUUCCGAAUCUCCAACCUCGUCAUGUACAUCGUGAUCAUCAUCCACUGGAACGCCUGCAUGUAUUACUCCUUCUCCAAGGCCAUUGGCUUCGGGUCGGACGCUUUCGUGUAUCCGAACAUCUCGAACCCGGAGUUUGGCCGGUUGGAGAGAAAGUACGCAUACAGCAUGUACUGGUCCACGCUCACGCUCACCACCAUCGGCGAAACGCCGCCCCCUGUCAAAAACUCAGAGUACUUCUUUGUGGUGACGGACUUCUUGGUCGGCGUGUUGAUUUUUGCCACCAUCGUCGGUAACGUCGGCUCCAUGAUCACCAACGCCAACGCGGCGCGAGCGGAUUUCCAGGCUCGUAUCGACGCUAUCAAACAGUACAUGAGCUUCCGAAGGGUCACCAAAGACCUGGAGAAACGGGUCAUCAAGUGGUUCGAUUUCUUGUGGACCAACAAGAAAGCGGUGGACGAGAGGGAAGUGCUGAAGUACCUGCCGGACAAGCUGCGGGCGGAGAUCGCUAUAAACGUCCACCUGGACACUCUGAAGAAGGUGCGCAUCUUCGCGGACUGCGAGGCCGGGCUGCUGGUGGAGCUGGUGCUGAAGCUUCAGCCGCAGGUCUACAGCCCCGGAGACUACAUCUGCAAGAAGGGCGACAUCGGCCGCGAGAUGUACAUCAUUAAGGAAGGAAAACUGGCUGUGGUGGCCGAUGACGGAGUCACGCAGUUCGUGGUGCUGAGCGACGGCAGCUACUUCGGAGAGAUCAGCAUCCUCAACAUCAAGGGCAGUAGGGCAGGCAACCGAAGGACCGCCAACAUCCGCAGCAUCGGCUAUUCUGACCUCUUCUGCCUGUCCAAAGACGAUCUGAUGGAGGCGCUGACCGAAUAUCCAGAUGCCAAGGCCAUGCUGGAGGAGAAGGGACGACAAAUCCUUAUGAAGGACAAUCUUCUGGAUUUAGAGCUGGCCAAGCAGGGUCCCGAUCCCAAAGACAUGGAGGAAAAGGUUGCCAAGAUCGGCAGCGUGCUGGAUGACCUUCAGAUGUGCUUCGCUCGCCUCUUAGCCGAACAUGAAGCCACACAAGGUAAACUGAAGAAGCGCGUGACUAAAUUAGAAAAGAAGAUGACAGACGGAGCGGCGCUCUCUGAGAUGCUGGACCCGGAGAGGAAAGAAGAGAAGGAAUAGGAUGAAAGCUGCAGUUAAUCAAAGACCCAGAAGAAAAGCUGCAGACAAACCUGAUUAAACAAAUUAGUUUUAGAACUUUGAACAGAAGCCUUGUAUAUUUUGUGGUCCGCCUGUGGUUUGGACUGGAUUUGUGGGGAUGGAUAAAACUGUAGAUACACAUCAGAUUUAUCCUGGGCUGUCAGUCUACCACAGCAGUGUGUGAAUGAAGAAGACAGCUGAGAAAUCUUUGUUUGGUUCUUCCGUCUACCUGCGACUGGUAGCACGCAAAUGUAAACCACUGAACAGAUGAUUGGUGUUCACAGCAUUUAUCUGUGGUUAGUACUGAUUAUAUCAUGUGUUUAUUCUGUCAUGUCUAUCAUGAGAGAAUAUAAAGAUAAAAUGAAUCCUUUUUGUUAGCAAAAGUCUGUAUGAUCUAGUUUCACUCAAACCUCUUGUAAUCAACAUUUAUACUUAGAGAGAAACACUAAUAAUGAUGCUGCUCUAGCAAUAUCAGUUAAAAGUUUAAUCAGAGAACUAAAUGGGCUGUAAAAAAAUUUAAAUACAUCUUCAAUAAAGAAUUUCUGACCAGA